UGGUUAUCAUCCUUCAUUUGAACCUCUCAAACAAAGAUUCCCAUUUCUUGAUUGAUCAAUGGAAUUGUAGCCCAGCAAAAAAGAUUAAAAUGGAGAGCAUCACGCUAUCACAUCAACCAUCUCAAUUUCAAUAAUAACAAUUUCAAAGUAAUUCCUAGUACCCCUUACAGGAAAACUAAGUGGAAAACACACUACUGUUAGAUAUCUUGGAAUCUAAUAGGAAUGGAGACUUGACCUUCCAGUGCUUAGUGCUUAGUGCUUAGCGCUUAGUUGCAUCUCUCUCUGUCUCUGUCUCUGUCUCAUAUGUUUCAAAGUUCUAUAUAUACUCAUGAAGAGAAGCUUUUUCUCUGCAGUGGAUAUAUGCCUCUGGAAAAAGUGUGAGGAAACAAACAAGGCAAUGACUUCCACAAUUAUGUUGGUUCUCAAGGCUCUAAUGAUCUUGAUAUUUGCUACUUGGGUUUGUGUUUGGCUUCUCAAGCCCACAGAAACAUGGUCGAAAUCAUGGCACACAGCUGAAGAGAGUGUGAGGACUACAUUCUUUGGAUACAAUGGUCUUAAUUUUCUGGUUUACUCAGUUCCCCUUAUAGUGGUUGCUAUAAUUGGAUUUGUUCACAUACACUUGAAAGAUGGAGAGCCAAGAAGCAGACGGAUGAGGUUCUCGAUCACCACUCUCUCUAAUCCAGUCAUCGUUCACAGCCCGGUCGGUACUGUAUCAGGAGGCGAGCUAUUGGUCGGAGCCCUCUUCUUUCUAUUUCUAGCUUGGACAUUCUAUGCUCACAUCUCCAAUGACUUCAAGAAGAUGGAGCCUGUGAAAUCAAUGAAAUUGAAUUUAUGGCAAUUCAAGCUCAUGAAGAUAGGGACUAGAUUUGGUUUGCUAGCAGAAGCUUGCUUGGCACUGCUCCUUCUGCCCAUCUUAAGGGGGAUGGCCUUAUUUCGGCUUCUGGGUCUUCAAUUUGAAGCUUCAGUAAGAUACCAUGUCUGGCUUGGGACAUCAAUGAUAUUUUUCUCCACAUUGCAUGGCUUAAGCAUGUUAUUUGUAUGGGGUGUUAAGAACCGCAUACUCGACGAGGCAGGACUAUGGCAGAGAACAGGGAGGAUUUACCUUGCUGGAGAGAUUGCUCUGGUAACAGGGUUAGUCAUCUGGAUCACAUCACUUCCACAAGUGAGGAGGAGACAGUUUGAGCUUUUCUAUUACACCCACCAUUUAUAUGUUAUAUUCUUCAUAUACUUCUUGUUUCAUGUCGGAGACCGGCAUUUUUACAUGGUUUUUGGUGGGAUUCUGCUCUUUGCCCUGGACAAGCUCCUACGUAUUAUACAAUCAAGAGUAGAAACCUGUGUUCUAUCUGCACGCAUCUUCCCUUGUCAUGUCUUAGAGCUUAUUCUCCGAAAACCACUUGGAUUGAAAUAUAAUCCAACUAGUGUAAUCUUCAUGAAGGUUCCUAGUAUAUCAAAGUUUCAAUGGCAUCCCUUCAGUGUGACUUCCAGCUCAAAUGUAGAUAAGGAUACAAUAUCUGUGAUGAUCAGAUGUGAUGGAGAGUGGACAAGCUCCCUCUAUAAUAUGAUCACAGGUGAUGCUGACCAGUCGAAGUGCAUUCCAGUUGCAGUUGAAGGUCCUUAUGGACCUGCUGAUUCAAACAAUUUCCUAAGAUAUGACAGCUUAAUUCUGGUAGCAGGAGGCAUUGGGAUAACUCCAUUCAUAAGCAUUUUACAGGAAAUUCUAUACAUCCAUGGGAGCAAAAAGAACAGUUUUCCAUCAAAUAUACAACUGAUAUGCGUCGUAAAGAAGUCCCAAGACAUCAGCUUGUUGAACCCAGUUUGGCCAAUACUUCUGAACCAAAACCAUGAGCAAGUAAAUCCUAUAAAAAUCAAAGUCUUUGUUACCCAAGAACAGAGAUCUAGUAACACUAUGGGAGAACUAGUGAAUGAGUUUUCUCAAGUGCACACAGUAGAUUUCAAUACAAAGUUUUCAAGUUCUACAAUGCCUGAACCUGAAAAUUUGCUUUGGAUGGCAACCAUAGUUGGGUUUUCCUCCAUCGUUUUCCUUAUAAUGUUAGGGUGCCUUAACCGUACCAUUCUUCACAAUGAAGAUAAAGCAUCUGAAAAGAAGAACCCCACCUGGGUUACUGAUCUUCUUCUAAUAUGUUCAUUUGCCAUUUCUAUAACAUGUGCCACAUUGGCCACAGUCAUUAUGAGAUGGAGGAAAAUGAAGAAUGAGAUUCCAGAGAAUCCAUCAAAACAAGCUAAAGAGGUUGAACUUUCUUGGUUGGAAGCAAGGGGUGAUCUUGAACAACAUGAGAUCCAUUAUGGCCAGAGGCCUAACCUUGAAGAUAUAAUUUCAAAGUUUCCAAUCCAAUCUGGAGGAUCUGAUGUAGGAGUUAUAGUUUGUGGACCAGAAUCCAUGAAAGAGUCAGUGGCCUCAUUUUGCCGGCAGAACUCCCAAAGCCUGAAGAGAAGUGCCAACAAAAGGAAGCCCAACUUCAGUUUCCACACAUUAAACUUUGCACUAUAGUUUUCUGCAAGGAUUCCUGCACAACUGCCAUAUGCUUCCACACAGACCAGGGAGCCAAGUUAUCUAUCAUUGCUCUCUUAAUGUUGUAUGAUCGUAUUGCCUCUGUUUCUGUUAAUAGUUAUUGGUUGCAGAAUCUGUGUGUGUGUGUAACAAUAACAUACUAGUUUUCCUUAAUAGAGUAGAAGACCCCUCUCUCUC